CAGCGGCUCGGUCCCUGCCCUGCCCCGGCCGGCACGUGGCUCAGUGCGGCCUCUCCUGCAGGAAAUCGUGACCAUCGUGGUGUUCGGCGUGGAGUACUUCGUGCGGAUCUGGGCGGCGGGCUGCUGCUGUCGGUACCGCGGCUGGCGGGGGCGGCUCAAGUUUGCCCGGAAGCCCUUCUGUGUGAUAGACAUCAUGGUGCUCAUUGCCUCCAUCGCCGUGCUGGCCGCUGGCUCCCAGGGCAACGUCUUCGCCACGUCGGCGCUCCGGAGCCUGCGGUUCCUGCAGAUCCUGCGCAUGAUCCGCAUGGACCGGCGUGGUGGCACCUGGAAGCUGCUGGGCUCCGUGGUCUAUGCCCACAGCAAGGAGCUGGUGACUGCCUGGUACAUCGGUUUCCUGUGCCUCAUCCUGGCCUCCUUUCUGGUGUAUUUGGCUGAGAAGGGGGAGAAUGAUCACUUUGACACUUAUGCUGACGCCCUCUGGUGGGGCCUGAUCACCCUGACGACCAUUGGUUACGGGGACAAGUACCCCCAGACCUGGAACGGGAGGCUCCUGGCUGCAACGUUCACCCUCAUUGGCGUCUCCUUCUUUGCUCUUCCCGCGGGCAUUUUGGGGUCUGGCUUUGCUCUGAAAGUUCAAGAGCAACAUCGGCAGAAGCACUUUGAGAAGAGACGGAACCCCGCGGCGGGCCUGAUCCAGUCGGCCUGGAGGUUCUACGCCACCAAUCUGUCCCGCACGGACCUGCACUCCACGUGGCAGUAUUACGAGCGCACUGUGACCAUGCCCAUGUACAGCUCGCAAACUCAAACCUACGGGGCCUCCAGACUGAUCCCACCCCUGAACCAGCUGGAGCUGCUGCGGAACCUCAAGAGUAAAUCUGGGCUCACCUUCAGGAAGGAGCCUCAGCCGGAGCCCUCUCCAAGGUCAGUGCCUGCUUGCCCCCUGCUGCCCGGGCACGUUGCCAUGAGCCGUGCUGGUCCCUCCGUGUCUGUGCGUGCCCACGUGUGA